AUGCAGAUAUUGUGGCUUUGUGCUCUGUUUCAAUACGCAUUGGCACAAGUUGGUUUCGGCACUUCGUAUUUAAGAAAUUCACGCUUGUGUCACCAAUGGAACUGUUUGAACGAGAAGCUAGGUCUACCCGAUGCCCUUCCACCUAGGGACCAAUACACGGCAGCUCUAAGAUCGCUCCUGCCUGGCGAAUGGCACGAUCUGGUAAAUACUGCCCUUGACGUGUGCUAUGACAAGCGGACGCGGCGGUACACCAACACGUGUCCCGGGCAGGCGCUAAUGCAUUGCGUUGUUGAUAAUAUGAUCGCGAAUUGUCCUGACGACAAAUGGCGGAAGGAAGACGGCUGCGCUCCGGUGUCAUCGCUUGCUGCUAAUAGAUACAUGUUUUCGCAAAGCCGUUAUGCAAAUCUUCAGAAAAACUUACCGAUUGAGCGCCGCCCUGCUUGGUUCUUGCAACACUACUUCAGCGACAAAUGCUGCGACAUCCCCGAUUUGUUCAAUGCCACCGUAUUAAGCGAGUGUGGGUUCGAAUCUUUCAUGCUGUACCACGUGCACGACGCCCAAACUGAUUCGCAAUUAAAGUUUGACAAACUCCCUGAAAUUUCUUCAAAUCACCUAAGAGCGAGUUUGAGACAUACCAUACCAGUAAGAGAAAAUAUUAAACCAAAAGACGGAGAUACCUUAAAAGUUGCAGAUUUUAGUGGAAUCGAAGAAAACGAAGUCAUCAACGACCCUCUGGAUUGCUGCGAUGUAAGAGAGUUCAUCACACCGGAAUGGCGGUCGGAAUGCGGAUUUCAACUAUCAUGGAACACACAGGAUCGCCUCGUGAUAAAUGAAGACUUGAACCUCGCUACAGAUCAUCCCACGACCACUGAGACGACGAAGGUCAAAAAAGUGACCGACGUGAAAAUUGUACCGCUCUCGUGCGAACAAGAAACAUGCAUAUUCAGACGUGUUGGGGUCGUGUCAGAGUCGGGUGCAGUGGACACGUUGGCGUUAUCUCGCCUGCUGGACAAGAUGGCGGCGGCGGACUCCCGCUGGGCGAGCGCGAAGGCCCGCGCCUAUACCAAGUGCCUCUCUAAGCCCGUGACGGAGUACGAGGCCGACUGUGAUAUCAACAAAGUUCUAGCUUGCACUCUUGACGUACUUACUGAGAACUGCCCUGACGCUAAAAAAGAAGAUAGGUGCAGGCAUUCAAGCGGCUUACAAAGUAACAUAACUUGUCAAAUAAGCUCAUCUAAAAUUAGACCGAAAAACCGGCGUCAACUUUGUAAUGUCCCCGAUUUUAUCGAAUACGAGAUACUGAAGGAAUGUGGAGUGAGCUCCAUCGCUCGGCUUGAAUACGCUCCCGAGACACCCACACCCAAGCGUGGGUGGUUGCCAGGUGGAAGGUGUAAAGAAGAACUUCCGUCAACAACGUGCAUCAUGAGAAAAAUGGAUGUCCUUAACAAAUACAACUUUAUGGACUAUUUCAAGUUGAAGGACAAAUUACACGACUUCUGCCAAGGCGCGUGGUAUCCAAUGAGGGCUACAUACACGGCUGCAUUUAGUUCUUUGCCGUUGUACAAGGAACACUGCAGUUCACAGCAGAAGCUGCUGAAUGUUCUAGACACUAUGUUGAUAACUUGUCCUAUAUCAAAGAGAAGGCAGAGUGCUAACUGCAAGCAAAUGUUCACGGACCUCUCCACCACUGUACCCGGAUAUCAGCAUAACAUUAACAACACCAAUCUGGAGGAACUUCUAAGACGUUUCCAGCAUGUAUUCCUUCCCGGACAAACUCCUCAUUUGAACUAUCCACUGCCCCAGAGAACGGUUGUUUAUCCGAGGUACAAAUUCAACGUGGACAUCCUAAGCAACAUGAAAGAGCCGGUAGUUCGUGUGAUAGACGUGACACCAACUAAACAGCCGACUGUUGAAAGGAAGCCUCUGGUGCUUUUGCCUGUGUAUCAGCGUAUGCAACAGAAACUAACGAGACCUAACAACAAUGAUGGUGUGUGGAGAGGUUUUACUCCGAUAUGA